UAUAGUUAGCUGUUGAAGACCAAAAUAUUAAACAAUCAAAAUGUCACUUAGUAGUAUGCGAGCGCGUAUGUUGCAGAGGAAGAAGGAAAGAGAGGGUUUAGAAGCAGAAAUAUCAAAAUCAUCACAAUCUUCAGUCACAGACGGAACAAAAAAGGACAGUAAACCAGACCUGGUUGUUUCCCAUACCAGUUCAGUCUCAGUACCCAAAGCAGCCCAAGUUUUGUCCAAACCAGAUGUACCCCAGAAAGAAGCUCAAGAGCCCAUGAAGUCAGAUCCAGAGGUAGAGAAGAAAGUGCUGAUGGUUUUAUGUGACAUUAAUUUAGAUAUCCCAUGUAAUGCAGCAGUCAUUGCAGACCAUACUAAAAAAGCCCUAGGAAGAGGUGUUACUUUAGCUACUAUUGAAGGUUUACUGCAGAACUUUGCUUCUCAGCAAUUGAUAAGUAUUACCACAGAAGAGAGUCCUUCAUCUGGGAAUAGUAAAUAUAUUGUUCAAGAUUUAGAUCUAACAAAGUUGUUAGCUGUGAUAAAAAACCCACAAUCGAAGAAGAGGAAAAGAGAGGAAGAUGAUGAUGAUAUAGGUAAAAAGCGACCACAGAAACAAUCUAAACAGCAGAGUACAGAUGCAGGUAUUGAUGACAUUGAGAGUUUGCUUUCCAUGCAAUCAGCAAAAGAAAGAGUGAGCAAGCAAGUAAAUGAGGAAAUUCAACAGUUAUUAGCACAUCCCACAGCAAAGGAGCAAAUCUUAGUGAAAAGAUUUAAGUCUCAGGGAGGUGUACAAGUGCAAGAAUUCUGUCAGUAUGGAACUAAGGAGGAGUGUCAAAGGUUAAAAGAAUCCAAAGAGAAAUGUGAUAGACUACACUUCAGAAAAAUCAUACACAAACAUACAGAUGAAUCUCUUGGUGACUGUUCAUUUCUCAAUACCUGUUUUCACAUGGACACAUGCAAGUAUGUCCAUUAUGAGAUUGAUUAUCCUGCCAGAAAUGAAAUGGAAGGAAUGAAAAAGGAGUUGAUGAUGGCCAAGUCUGUACUUGACCAAAGUAAUGAUGGGGAUGUUCACAUGUUUCCUCCCCAGUGGAUCCAGUGUGACCUAAGACACUUUGACAUGUCAACAUUAGGAAAAUGUGCUGUAGUCAUGGCUGAUCCACCAUGGGAUAUCCACAUGGAACUUCCAUAUGGUACAAUGCAGGACGAUGAAAUGAGAAAGCUAGAUGUUCCAGUACUUCAGGACGAUGGAUUUAUUUUCCUCUGGGUCACUGGGAGGGCUAUGGAGUUAGGCAGGGAAUGCUUAGAUCUCUGGGGGUAUAAACGUAUUGAUGAGCUGAUUUGGGUAAAGACCAAUCAGCUACAGAGAAUUAUCAGAACUGGCCGAACAGGACACUGGCUGAAUCAUGGCAAAGAACAUUGUCUGGUUGGUGUGAAAGGUAAUCCCAAGGGAGCUAAUCGUGGUCUUGACUGUGAUGUUUUAGUAGCAGAGGUGAGGGCCACUAGUCAUAAACCAGAUGAAGUCUAUGGAAUUAUAGAGAGAUUAUCUCCAGGUACAAGGAAAGUGGAGUUAUUUGGUCGUCCUCAUAAUGUCCAGCCAAAUUGGAUUACCCUAGGCAACCAGCUAGAGGGCGUAAGAUUAAAGGAUCCAGACAUUGUAAGCAGGUUCAAAGAGAAAUAUCCUGAUGGAAACUGUAUGGAGCCUGCUAAGCCUAAAACAUGAUCUGGUGUUCAAGACUAUCUUUAUAAUGUUCAGGAGACAGCUUAUAGGUCAAUGGAUUACUUCGAUGUGAUAAACCAAUAUCCAUCAGUUGGGAGAAACAUCAUGGCAGCACAGGACUAUUAUUCCCUGUUGGUUUUGUUAAUUGUAUUAUCAGUCAAAGACUGGUUAUUAUUAUUGUACUAAUUGUUAAGAAUGGAGAGUAAUAAAUGUGGGUAAAGUG